UUUCCUCCUUUCCUUCCAUUGGCUUCGCCGGAAAAUCCUUGUGUCGCGAUCGCGUCCGUUGCCUUGGCUAUAUAGAUAUAUGGCAUAUAGCCACACCGCCGAUGUGCGAAUAUUUUGAGCUAAAAUAUAUAUUUGUGCGCUUAAUAAAUACGCAAGUGCACAACACACAUACUAUCUUUGUGAGCAAUCGCUGCGAACGUGAGAAUUGCAAGUUCGCUGUGUAGUUGUUGUAACAUCGAUGUGGAGUGUCAAUUAUGUGGAAAUAUAUUUACAAAGAUGCCCCCAGUGUGAGUGCGUGCGUGUGUGAGUGAGUUCUCCUGGCACUGAAUGUCACUAAAAGAGCGAAAGGGAGAGAGCAAGAGUGUGGGAGUGGAAGUGGGGCUGCUCUCUUUCCAGUGCGUGUAGAUCAGUUACCGCCAGCACCAACAGCAACAACAACAAAAACAACAAACAAACAAACAAGCGACAAUUCACAUUCAUUUCCAUUCAUUGCUGCGAUUAUCGCCAGUUUUGCUUUACUCUUUCACCACGCACGAAUACGAAUCAGUGGGUGAAAAGAAGUGGAAGUGAGUGUGGAGAGUGUGAAGAGUGGAAAGCAGAAAAGAGAGCACAAUCAAAUCAAAUCCAAAAAAAGAGAGUGUCGCGUGUGAACCGUAAGAAAAUGCGAAAGGGGAGCGGAUAAGGGCAUUGAAGCGAAUGAAGAGGAAGCAGCAACAGUCCGAAAGUUCGCUCUGGGCACGCCCCCUUAUGACGCCCCCUGUGACGCGUUAUCAGCGGACACCCAACAAACACAAAGACUUGACCAAAAUCCACACAAAAUGGCGAUAAACUCGAGUGCCAGAGAAUCGCCGCGGGCCUAAAAAAAAAGUUCGUUCUCUUUAACAAAAACAACAAAAAAGGAGGUAAACAAACUCGUUUUUGCCCCACAACAACAACAACAACAACCUACGUUACCACCCUCCCCUGAAAAUCCAGAGAUCCCGCCGAACCCACCAGAAUCAGCGAUAAGCAUCCCAAAGUUUGGGUGGCCCAGUCCACAGAAAACCCCGCACCAAACCCGAAACAAUCGCCUAAGAUGUGUUCCCGCAACAUAAAGAUCUCGGUGGUGCUGUUUCUCGUCUUGAUACCAAUCUUCGCCGCCUUGCCACACAACCACAAUCUGUCGAAGCGCAGCAAUUUCUUCGAUCUGGAGUGCAAGGGCAUCUUCAACAAGACCAUGUUCUUCCGACUGGAUCGCAUCUGCGAGGAUUGCUAUCAGUUGUUCCGCGAGACGAGUAUACACCGAUUAUGCAAGAAAGACUGCUUUGAUUCAAAAUGGUUUGGCUCAUGCCUGAAAGUGCUGUUAAUACCCGAAGAGGAAAUUUCGAACUUACAGCACUUUCUGAGAGUAGUGAAUGGCUCGCCCAUAUCCUUCAACAUGGCGCCGGAAACAUAACUCUAAGUUCCCGCCCCGCCCCCUCACACACACCCACACACACACGCCCACAAGCUCACCCACACACACACACACACACAGAUGAAAAUCGCUGCAAGUAAGGUGGAAGGGAUAUAUCCAAUCCAACUACAACCACAAAUGCAGAGCCAGAACAAAGAAAUCUAAAAUAUUAAAACGCCCAAAUUUAAUUCGUACUUAUUUAUUACUGUAUGCCUAACAGUUUUUAGUAUAUGUGUUUUUUUAAAAACGAAUUAUUUUUAUUAAUUUAUUGAGAACGUUAUGCGUUUGUUGUAAGUAACAUAACCGGGCGAGUGAGAGAUAAGCGAAGAUGAUAUGAUAUGAUAUGAUGUUGAGAGGUUCGCAGAUCUCAUAGCUCCCCAAAAAUACACAUAGAAGCCGAAGUAUUUAUUUUUAAGUAUUCUUAGCUUGUUUUAUUAUUAUUGCGUUAUGCGUUAUGUAUAUAAAAUAAACAAAACGAAAUCCAUUGUUUUUAAUCUAUGUAAUGUAAAAUGAUUACUUUUAUUUUUGUAUUUGUAUUCUAUUGUAAAAUCAGCAUUUAAAAUUUACAUUUUACACGAUUUUCCGCAAGGGCGAAAAGAUAAAGAUAAAAGAUAAUAUACACACACACACACAUACACCGCACACGAGACCGAAAGUAUUUUGCAAAUGUAUUACCCUUACAAUUUUGUGCUAUUUUGUAAAGAUUAAAACCCUAACUAGCAUAAAUCUGUUGGCGAAAAGAGCAAAUAUAUGCCUACAUAUAUAACUAUCUAAAAACGCUAAAUCCUACAUUUAUCCGAAUACGAGUACACUACAAAUAUUAAAAAAAA